UGAAGUUUUUUGGAAGGCGUUUCUCUUAAAAUUUGAUUUUUCGAGCAUAUAAAAUAUUCAUCAGCAGUAAUGCAUAUUUUCAUCGCAUUUCUAAUUAUAUUUAAUUCGUCAUUCGAAUUGAUAAACUCUCAGAUAGUUUAUCCAGACUCAAUUUCAGACCAGUUUUUUCCAUAUUCAUAUUCAUAUCCAUAUCCAAAACCUCAACAAACAACAACAGCUAGAACAGUUUUUCAACCAUCUCAAAAUAGCUAUCAACAGUUUGAUAAGAGACUAAGUGAGCGAAAAUGUGAAGAAUAUACAAGCAAAUUGCAAAUGGUAAAGUUUGCCGGAUCACUAAGCUUGAAAAACAAUGUGCGUACUAUCAAUAUAGAUCAAUGUGCUGUAUCCCAAGGUUUAAUAAUUGGAGGAAUGAAUUCAAAACCUGGUGAAUUUCCUCAUAUGGUCGCUAUUGGAUAUAAAGGUCCAUUUAGCAGCAUAGUUUCAUUUAGAUGUGGAGGUUCAUUAAUAUCCGAGCGAUUUGUUUUAACAGCAGCACAUUGUAAGAAAUCUGAACGCGAAAAUGCUACCUUAGUUCGUAUUGGUGAUUUGAAUUUGUAUGUUAAGGAAGAUAAUCUUCCUGAACUAGAUAUUUCUAUAGAUCAAUUUAUAGUUCAUGAGUAUUAUGACGUUCGAAAGCAAAAAAAUGAUAUUGCUGUAGUAAGACUAACAAGAGAAGCUCCGUUAGGGAAAUUCAUCCGCCCUGCUUGUCUCAUGACACCAAACACUAUUUUACAAAAUAACAAAGUUGUCGCUUCAGGUUGGGGAUUAACAAUAGUUCAAUCUUAUCAAACUUCAGAUAUUCUAAAAAAAGUUGAUCUUUCGUUAAUUCGUAAUGAAAAAUGUACAGAAAUUUUAGAUGAUACAGGUUAUUCUAUUGACAAUACUCAGUUGUGUGCAGGAGAAUUGCAAGGUGGCAAGGAUACAUGUCAGGGAGACUCUGGAGGUCCUCUACAAAUUGUGUCAAAUUCAAACAAGUGUGUAUAUAUCAUAGUAGGAAUUACAAGCUUUGGUCGAUCAUGUGGAUUAAAAAAUUCUCCAGGUGUUUACACAAAAGUUUCUGCAUAUUUAGAUUGGAUUGAAAAUAAAGUCUGGAGAUCUUAAGGGUUUACAAAGAGUUAGUAACCGGACAUCGUAUGUCCUU